AUAAUUUUCAUUGAUGUAUGUAAAACGGUAAUGAUUUUCAAGAAGAAAAAAAAACAAAAAAAUAGGAAAGGAAAUUUAAGGAAAUUUAUACAUUUCUAAUAAACAAUGUAAUAUUUAAACAAUAAUCUAUGCAUAGUAACAGAUUUAACACAAUUAAGGGAGGUGUUUAAUCCAUGGAAUUUAAAGGAAAAAAGAAAUGAAUUUUAUUAAUAAUAAUAAUAAUGAGUACAAUGUAUUGAGAUCUUCAUGUACAAUUGUUAGUAAUGAAGACAAUGAUGGGAUUUAUUCAGAUGAAACAGAGAGUAUGAUUAAUCAUGCAAGAAGUUCACCAAUGAAUGAUAGUAUAGAUACAAUUGCAAAUACAAUUAGGAUAACACCACCAUCAUCAUCAUCAACAGCAAUAACACCAACAACAACACCACCGUUGACAUCAAAAAGUAACACUGAUAAUGAUGAUGAUGAUGAUGAUCAUAGUGAACGACAUGUUAAUCAUAAUAAUGAUACUAAUUCACAUACAACUAUUGAUGAAGAUUUAAUGACUAGUUAUGAAGCUUCAAUUGAUAUAGAAUAUAAUAAUAAUCAUUAUGAAUUACAUAAUGAAUUAAUGCAUAAGUCACUUCCAAUCAAUUCACUUAACUCAAUGAAAAAACCAGAGAAACAAGUAACAUUUCAAGAUAUUGUUGAAAUUUCAACAAUUUAUUCUAUUACAAAUGAAUCACAAGAGUCCAUUUCACAUCAUUAUGAAAAUGGUGAUGAUGAUAACGAUGAUGAUGAAGAAGAAGAUGAUUACAAUGACGAUGAUGAUGAUGAUGAUGAUGAUGAAGAAGAAGAAGAAGAAAUGGAAAUGACGAAACAGAAUAGUGUAAAUAAAAAACUAAAAAAUCGAUUGAAAAAUGUAAUCAAAUCCAAUGAUCAUAAUGUUGGAUUAGUCAUAGCAACAAUAGAACAAAAUAACAAAAAUAAUUCAGAUAAUAAUAAUAAUCAGAUUCUUUCAGAAAAAGAUUUAUUAAGUGUAAGUGAUAGAUUAGAGUUAUUUUAUUUUUUUUGA